AUGUAACCACAGCAGAGAAUGGGAACAGCAGCCAUGCGAGUGCCAACUCGAAUGACUACAGCUAUGAGAAAUGAUCCAAAUUUCUAAUCAGUAGCAAAUACAACCAAUUUAAAAUUCGUGGAGAGACCUGUUACAUAACAUGGAAUUAUUGGAGUCAAACCUACGACAGCUGGACCUGGCAGAUAAAUCUAAGAUAAAUCAUAUUAUCUAAAUCAAUUGAGAGAGAAGCAGAAGGAAAUAUUUAAUGAAAUUGAAAGAUUCAAAAAAUAAUAGGAUGAAAUUUAAAAAGCCAAUACACUUUAUGUUUAAUUCGAAAGAAGACAUGAAGAAUUAACAAAGGAAGUCAGAGAUCUAGAAGGCUAAUUGGCUGAUUAUAAUUUAGCAUUCGAUAAAUGGAGAGCCAACACUAGACCAGAAGAUAUCAAAAAUAUUUAUGAAAGAAUCAAAAUUUAAAAUGAGAGACAAAGAUCUCAAUUAGAUGAUAUCUUCAUUGAAAGAAGAGGUUAGGAAGACUCAAUUAAUUAAAUCGAAAAUAGAUUAAAUGAACUAUAAUCAUUGGCUGAUAUGAAAUUACAAGAGUUGGAUCCAGAAUAAAGAAAUGAAUAUAUGAGUUUGAUUAAUGAAAAUAAAUCCCUUUAAUAAGAAAUUAACAACCAAAAAGGAGAAUUAGAAGAAUUAAAUGCCAGAAUGUAGAAUGCAGAUAAUAGAUUGAGAAUGGAUGCUUAGAAAUUGAAGGGUUAGAUGCUAAAAGAGUAAAUCAAUGAAAUGGACUCUAAAAAAAAUGAUUUAGAAGUUCAAUUAAAUGAAGCCAAUCUAACAUUCCCAGAAGCCAGAGAUAGAUUGUUAAAUAAGAUUAAAGAUGAUAAUGCUUUUAUUUAAAAUUCAGAGAAAAGAGUACGAGAAAUUAGAAGAAAUAUCGAAAAUUAUGAAAAAAGAUUAAGAGAAUUAUAAACUGAAUUGGAAGACAAGAAAUCAUAAGAAUAAGACAAAUAGAAAUAUGAAAUAUUAUAUUAAAGAGAUCAAGAAAUGACUGAUUACAUCAAUAAUUUUGAUAAAACAAGAUAACAAGAAUUAGAAAAAGUCAAUGCUGUAGAAUAGGUUAUUGUAGAAUUACUAGGAUAAUCUUCACGGAUUGUAUAAGAUAUUAAGACUAUACCCUCAUUAACUGAUUAUGCUGGCCUAUCUGCUGAAGUGGAUUACAAAGAUAAUUAAGUCAAAGAUUCUGAAAUGACACUAAAAAAACUCUAAGGAGUCUACGAACAGACAGUCCAAGAUUUAAAAAAAAUUGAAAGAGCUGAAGAAUAAUUACCAAUUGAAUUACAAUAAUACAAAUAGAAAUGUAAGUAGAUGUAAGAUGAAAUCGAUACUAAAUUCAAUAAAAUAGAUGAAUAUAAGGUUAAAGCUCAGGAUAAAAAGCUUAAACUAGAAAAUCAAAAGAAGGACUUACUCAAACUUAAAGAUGAUUUUACUGCAUAAAGUCAAAAUAUGAAACAUGAAUUUGAUGUCAAAGAAAAGAAAUACACUAUGCAUGAAUAAUACAGCACUUUAGCUGAUUUAGAAAAGAAAGUGUCUUAAUUAGAAUCAUAAGCCAAUACUUUCUAGAUGUUUAUUGAAACCAAAUCAAAAGAUAUGAAUUUUGAAUAGUUAAAGAAAGAAUGCAUGGAUCUAAUGGAUAAAAUUAAUAAGGUCUUGUGUAAGACUUGA